AUGAAUAGUGAAUAAAUUGUUAGCUAAUUGGAAAAUAAAAUAUAAGAAUGUCUUUAAGGGGUUUAACAAUAAUUAGAUGUAAGUUAUUAUAAAUUAUGAUUAGUCCUCUUUCAACAGAAUUGAAGCUUUUCUUGAUUAACUUGUUCUUGCUCCUAAUCCACCUGUUCCUUAGAAUACUGUUAACUUUGUUUUACCAACUAUUUAAAUAUCUUAACCAUUAAUAUCAACAUUAGGUAAUUAAGUCAUUCAGGAAAUCAAACCUUUAAUCAAUAUAACUAUUUAGAAAUCAAUUCAAUAAUAAUAAUAAUUACAAUAAUAAUAGAAAAUAGUAUAACCUAUAAUAAACAAUUAAUUUUAUUAAAAGCCAUUCACUUAUAAGUUAUUAUAGGAUAAGUCAAUUAAAUAUAAUGAAGAAUGUUUUGCAAUAGCUAUUAAUAAAAAUAAUUCAAUUAUAUUAGCUGGAUGUAAUUCUUAAAUUAAAGUAUUUGAAUUCAAAUAAGAAUAAUUGAAACAAACUCAAAUUCUAAGUGAACAUUCAGAUUAUGUUUCAACUUUAAAUUUUAUGAAGAAAUAGAAUCAAUUUAUAUCUGGGAGUGGAAAUGGAUAGAUUAUAAUAUGGUCUAUGAAUCAAAAUAGUUAAUGGGUAUGCUAAUAAAAAUUAAAUGAUCAUUCUUUAUAUAUUAAAUGUUUAGUAAUAAACAAUAAUGAAGAUGUUAUGAUAUCUGGUAGUAAUGAUAAGACAAUCAAAUUUUGGUAAAAAUAAUAGUAGCAAUUUGUAUGUUCAUAAACUAUUUCAGAUCAUACAAAUGAUGUACAAGGAUUAAGUUUGAAUGAUUUAUAGAAUAGAGUGAUAUCUUGUGGAUCUGAUAAUUUAAUAUUAAUAAUAGAACGGUCAUCAUAAGAUUAAAAAUGGAAUGUGAUAUAAAAGAUAUCAGUUGAAAUAUAAGGUCGUCGAUUAUGUUUUAUAAGUGAUAAUGUAUUCACAUUCUAACCUAAAUGUAAAGAAUAGAUGCAUGUUUAUGAGAUGAGUAGUACUAAUAAAUAAUACUCAAAAACUAAAGAAAUUGAUGUCAAAAGUGGUUAUUUUGGUUGUAAUGCUUGGUUUCCUUAAUAAUAUAUAAAGUAGAAAUGUCUAAUUGUGAAUAAGAAUGGAUAUAAUGUUAAUUUAAUAAGAUAGAACCAAAAUGGUGAUUUUAUAACACAAUAAUCUAUUUAUUUUGGACAUAAUUCUAUAUUUGGAUAGAUGAGUGAAGAUGGAGAGUAUUUGAUGACUUGGGAUAGCAAAUCAUAUGAAAUUUAAAUAAGAAAAUAUCAUUAAGAAUGA